AUCGUUUCUACGCGUGAUAAUACGUUAGGUCUUUUUACUUGUCUAGUUGUUUAUGGUGUUGUGGUGAAACUUUUUCGGUCGUAUCUAAUCGUGAUUCAUCCGACACCAACACCACAAUAUAGAUAUUGAAAGUGUUUAAUAUUAGAUUUGAAAAAUGCCACCUAAGUUUGAUCCCACAGAAAUUAAGAUUGUUUAUCUGAGAGCAGUUGGUGGUGAAGUUGGAGCAACAUCAUCUCUUGCUCCAAAAAUUGGUCCUCUUGGAUUGUCUCCAAAGAAGGUUGGUGAUGACAUAGCCAAAGCUACAGCUGACUGGAAAGGACUUAAGAUAACUGUAAAACUCACUAUUCAGAACAGACAGGCUCAAAUAGAAGUGGUCCCUAGUGCAGCUUCCCUUAUCAUUAGGGCCUUAAAAGAACCUCCUCGUGAUCGUAAGAAAGUUAAGCAUGUCAAGCACAGUGGUAAUCUGUCCUUUGAUGAAAUUGUCGAAAUUGCUAGAACAAUGCGACCUCGUUCGAUGGCACGUUACCUUGUUGGGACAGUGAAAGAAAUCCUUGGGACAGCACAAUCGGUUGGAUGCACUAUUGAUGGCUCCAACCCUCAUGAUAUCAUUGAAAAGAUAAACAAUGGAGAGAUGGAAGUUCCUGAUGAAUAAACUAUCUGAAAGAAGAAAAUAAAGAUUUGUUUAACUGGAAAA